AUGCGUUUUCUUCUUACCAUUUUUGGUUGCGCUUUCGUUACCGCGCUCCCUGGAGAUGAUCCUCUCGAAAGAUGGGGCGGGGCUAAAGGGAAUGGUCCCUUUGGGACUGGGGAUACCUCCAUCAAAGGCGGGGAUAAGUAUAUUAACAGUGGAGAUAGUAGUGGGAUGGGCAGCGUUGGGGUCGGAGUUGGGUCUGGAGGCGGCGGUGGCAGUUGUGACGCCGCCGCUUGUAACACCAAGUGCGCGUCCGGACUGACUUGUUGUAAUGGAGUCUGUACCGACCUCCAGACCUCUGCUAGUAACUGCGGCUCUUGUGGGAACACUUGCCUUACUGGAGCGACUUGCUCAUCAGGCGCCUGUGUGUGCCCAACUUUCCCGGGAUUUCAACCGCAUACCACAUACGCCACGGACGGUAAUCCGAACGGUGUUGCUGUGGGUGACUUCAAUGAAGAUGGCAAUCUCGAUAUCGUGACAUCAAAUGGAGCAGGUACAGUCGGUCUCUUUCUCGGUACUGGAUCAGGAACCUUCCAGCCACAGUCCACAUUUCCCGUGUCGGUUAAUCCAUUCGAUAUUGCUGUGGGCGACCUCUACAACGAUGGCCAUCUCGAUGUUGUAACUGCACUUUAUGGCACUUUUGAAGUGAGCGUCUUGCUGGGCACUGGAUCAGGAAGCUUCCAGGCAGAAAGCACAUUUCCUGCAGGAUUUACUCCAACUCAACUUGCUCUGGGCGACUUCAACCGAGACGGUUAUCUUGAUAUCGUGACGAUCGAUGGUUACAAUACAGCCAACGUCCUCCUCAGUAGUGGACCAGGAAGCUACCAGCCGCCGGUCCCAUAUCUCGUGGGUUUGGGACCAGCCAGUCUUCUGACGGCGGACUUGAACAACGAUGGGUACCUGGAUAUUGUGACUGCAAGUGCCUCGGAUAGUACGGUGAGCGUCUUGCUGGGUACUGCGUCGGGGAGUUUCCAGGCACAAACUGCAUUUCCGGCAGAAACCAACCCCCAGAGAGUCACUGUGGGCGACGUGAACGAAGAUGGCCAUCUCGAUCUCAUCGUCACAAAUUAUCCCGAUAACCAAGUGGGCGUUUUGCUGGGUGAUGGAUCGGGAAGCUUCCAGGCGCCAACCCAAUUCCCGGCAGGAGCCAAUCCAUAUGCUGUUUCAGUGGCCGAUUUCGAUGGAGAUGGCCAUCUCGACAUCGUGGUCACGAAUUAUCAGGGCAGUUCCGUGAGUAUAUUGCUCGGGGAUGGAGCGGGUAGCUUCGAGGCGCCAAUUCCGUAUUUGGUGGGAUCCACGCCGGUGGACGUUGCAGUGGGCGAUUUCAACGGAGAUGGCAACCUGGAUAUCGUCACUACGAACCUCAGGGGCAAUACAGUGAGCGUCUUGCUUGGGAGGCCAUGCGGCUCUUAG